AUGGCUGACCCUGAGUCCUCUGCAACUGCAUCGGCGGCAAAGAGUGAGAAGAAGCGCAGCUUCACUGUGACAGAGAAACUGAAGGUGGUUGAAGCCUCCAAGGCGCAGUCGCUGCGCUCUGUCGCUCGUCAGUACAAUGUGGAUCGCAACUGCGUCCGCGCGUGGCGAGACAAGGAGGCCGAGCUCUCAGCGAUGCACCCGACAGCCAAGCGACUUCCGGGCGCAGGACGGCGGCCGUCUACGGGCCCAGUGUCAUCUGUACCAGCAGAAAAUAAACGUGGCGUGGAGAUCUCGCCGCGUAAACGCAACGAAAGCAAGAAACCCAAGACGGAAAGGUUCCAGGGCAAGGAGGGCGCGUUCUCGGAGGUGGCGGCUAAGAUGGCGUUUGAGGAACUGCGAACGGCCAAUGCGUUGACACCCAGCGACUUCAUGACGGUGGGAUAUUCCCACAUGCAUGAUGUGAUGGAAGCCGUAGAAAGGAACGAGCUGGCGUUCGGUGUGCUGCCUGUGGAGAACUCGAUUUCGGGCACUUUUCACGGCAAUUUGGACCGACUAGUGGCCUCCCAUUUAAAGAUUGUGGGCGAGGUCGCUUGCGUGCAAGAAUUAUGUUUGUGCGUGCUGCCAGGUGUAGCUAUGAACGAGGUUAAACAGUUAUCGUCACACCCGGCAGUGCUAGAUCACUGUGAGAGUUAUAUCUGCGCCAUGGAGCGUAGAUUGGGCAUGAUUAUCGAGCGCAACGCAGCGUGGGAUAGCGCUGGCGCUUGUCAGACGGUCAAACACGAAGAAAAACGUCACGUGGCGGCAAUUGCGAGUGAACACGCUGCACAUGCGCAUGGAUUGGUGGUCCUGGAACGUGGAGUUGGAGACGAACUAAACAGCGAGACGCGCUACAUGAUUCUCGGACGACUUGACGCGACACCGCUGCCACUUAGCGCAUCACUAAGAGUCGCAAGCAUCAGCACUGGCCCUGCCACAACUACAAAGUCUAGCAUCGUUGUGGCUGUUCCUAACGAACCUCAGGCUCUAUUCAAGGUCGUCUCGGCUUUCGCUCUCCGAAACGUGAUGAUCGUCAAGAUCGAGAGCCGUCCAGCAGCUACUGCAGGAAGUCUCUUUACAGCCCAGACAACGCACUGGGAUUACAUUUUCUACAUCGACUAUAUCACGAGUCAGGAUCCGACACAGGAAGCGAGACUACGUAGCAAUUUGGAGGAGUUCGCUCUCUGGGUGAAAGACCUUGGCACGUACUCGAGCAGCGGCGAUAAUCGAGCUUAA